AUGUGGGACCGUAUUCCAACAGAACCUAAAAACGAUCAAGGCCAAGCGAAAUGUGAGUCUUUUUUCUUAGCCAAAGACGACGACGAGGACAUGUGGCGCUCGGUUCGAAUUUCGCUGCUGUCGCUGUAAGUAUCACCGCCCAUCAACGUGCCGCGCUAGUUGUUGGAUGAGGAUGGGCCUAGACGUUUUGCGCUACGGAGGAGCGAUGGCCACCGACACGGUCGAGGUUGGUCCUUUUUUCGACAAGCUCUUGUUUGAAAUGUGUCUACUGAUUCCCUACGAGUCAAACUUAAUGAUCUCUUGAACUCCGCCUCCUUCGACUAAAUUCCUUCCCAAUUUCUCUAAUUCUUGCCUUACUCCGGGCCAGAGUCCACUCGUUAGGGUGAACUAAUUCCCGUUGCUGGUUAUUCUACUGCACUUUCAAUUUGUAAUAAUACAAUUAUUUACCUUCAUUACGUAUUUAGUGAAUAAAUCUAUUAUUACUACUAGAAUUAAUAAUAAUAACCCAUAACGCAAGACGCCCUGUCCCUCUCUCUCUUUCACUUUCUCUUUCUUGACAGGAUGCCGCGAACAAAGCCCAAGACCUUGAACGACGUAAAGCCGAGGUGCGCAAGCGGCUCGAAGAGGCUGGCCAAAAGAAAAACAAAAAAAAGGGCUUUCUGACGCCAGAACGAAAAAAGAAGCUGAGAGUUGGUUAAGGUGUUUUAAAAAAUGUUAAGUUUGAACAUUCAGAAACUGCUCAUGAUGAAGGCGGCCGAAGACUUGAAGCAACAGCAGUUGUUGAAAGAGCAAGAGCGUCAAAAGGCUUUGCAGCAACGUAUCGUUCCCAUGCCCGACAUUGACGCCAUCAACGAUCAAGGUUUUGCAAUUUUUGUUCAGACUCGACGAGUUUGUAAGGGUUCAGGUAAAUUACUCGCCAUUUACGAGACCAUGUUUGCGCGCGUAUGUGAGCUCGAAGAGGCCAAGUUUGACAUGAACGUGCUCGUGUCGCGCACCGAGUCGGAAAUCAACGAGCUCACGAUAGCCGUCAACGACCUCCGUGGAAAAUUGUAACUUAAAAAUUUUUGACGAGGCAUUCAAACUACCAAAACUGCAGCGUAAAGCCCACGUUGAAAAAAGUCUCCAAGUACGACAACAAAUUCAAACAGAUGGAAGGAGGCGCACCAGCCAAGGGCAACUUUCGAGCCAAUCUCAAGGUGGUCAAAAAAGAGUCAGGCAUCGACGACAUUAUGGCCAAGGUAGGUCGAGAAAGAAAUGCUUUGCUGCUGCUGUUCAUUCGUUUUUCGUCUUGUUUAGACAAAAAAAAGCGAUGGCAAGCCAGAAUGGUCGAAAAAGCCAGCCGAGUUGGUCGUCGUCGACAAGUCUCUCAAAGAGAAUAACGAAGAAGAGGAGGAGCAGAAAGACGAAGUUCCAGCUUCCGAAUCUACGGCAACAAAUGGUUUGUCAUUGGGCACAACUAGUUUCGAUCAUUAAAUGAUUUGAUAAGAAAGAAUGUUUUCAGAAGCUGAAGGAGACAACAACCAGGAACAAGCUCAAGAAGCCGAAGACGCGCAGGAGGACGAAGAAGAAGAAGAAUAA